AUGCGGCCAAAGCUCACCGCACUGUCUGCUCAUCUGGAGCAUGGAUGGUGCAACGUUACCCUGUCCUGCCAGGUGCAGGAUGCCAACAGAGUCACCUUUACCUGGUCUCAAGGUGCAUCCACCAGGCCAAACAGAGAGGACCAGAAGCUCUCGGGGCAUCAAUCCCAGCUGCAACUGGAGAUCACUGUGGGCAGCAACGACACCUUCUAUCACUGCAACGCCAGCAAUGCAGCCAGCUGGGACAUGGCCACCAUCCAUAUCAAACUGCUGUGCAACUUGCCAGGUUGUCAAGAAGUAAAAGUGAUGGCUGCUGUUGGGGAAACGGUUCAGCUGCAGCCCAAGACAUGGCCGUCGUCCUGGGUGGCAAUCAACUGGAAAGUGAAACUGCAUUUAGAGGGCUACUGGAUCCUCAGACACGAUCAGAACAGGACCUCGGCCAGUCCAUUUCUGCCCUUUGCUGACAGAGUCUCUUUCCACCCUGGGAAUCUCUCGCUGCAGAUUAACUCGGUCACGGAGAAAGAGAGUGGCCUCUACACCAUGGACCUGAUGCUGGGGGAUGGCUUUGGAAUCACCAGUAAUUUUCGGCUGUUUGUGCUUGACCGUGUCCAGCAGCCCAACAUCAAGGCAUCUACUUCCCAGGAGUGUGGAUGGUGCUACCUUACCCUGUCCUGCUUGGUGCCCAAAGCUGCCGAGGUCACCUACAGCUGGUCUCGAGGCGUAUCUUCCAGCCCAGCCCCAGAGGACCAUUGGCUCCAAGAGCAUCAACCCGAUCUGCAGCCGAAUAUCACUAAAAGUGACAGCAACACCUUCUAUCACUGCAAUGUCAGCAAUGCCAUCAGCUGGGGCACGGCCACCAUCGAUGUUGAAACGCUGUGCAACUACACAACCUCACUCCCCGCUGCUUGCUCGCCCUUCAGACACCUGCCACAAUGGAGGAAGUCCUCUGUCCCUUUCUGCUGUGCCUCCUCCUGCAUUUCCAAGCUCAGGGGUGAACACAGGCUACUGGUUUCUGCAAGGCAGGAACGGUCCCUGGUCUUGCCGUGGGGCCAUUUGUUCCAGCGCUGCCCCAGCACGGGAGCUCCUGGGAGCUGCAGCCACAUGAGCACUUACACCGGUAUUAGCACUCUCCCUUGUACUAACAGUAGUGACAGUGUCAUGGACAUCAACACAGCCUCCCCGUUAGGCAGGAGAAUCGCCUUCCAUCCCGGGAAUCUCUCGCUCCAGAUUAAGCUGGUUAAGAAGUCGGACAGCGGUGUCUAUUCCAUGGAUGCAAUAUCUGCAUCUGGCAGGCUCGAUACCACCUGCUUCCACAUGCCUGUGUUUGACCAAGUCCGGCAACCCAACCUCACAGCACUCUCUGCUCACUCAGAGCUUGGAAAGUGCAACGUGACCCUGUCCUGCCACGUCCCAGCUGCCGACAGAGUCACCUACAGCUGGUCCCGAGGUGCAUCCUGGAGCCCAGCCAGAGAGGACCAGCAGCUCCCAGGGCAUCAAUCCCAGCUGCAGCUGGAGAUCACUGCGGGCAGCAACAACACCUUCUAUCACUGCAAGGCCAGCAAUGCAGCCAGCUGGGGCACGGCCACCAUCCAUGUCAAACCGCUGUGCAACUUCCCAGCCACAGGCAGGAACACUGCCUCAUCCACGCUCCGGCUGGCGGCUGAUUCUGCGGUGACUCUCGGGAUCUUCCUGCUCCUCCAUAACUUGCAGUCUGGGCCCAUACAGGGACAGAUUAGUCAAAGGAAAAAGGAUUCUGACCCAAUCCAGAGGUUGAUAGAAAUGGAUGAAGGACUUGCUGGAUUGCUGGAAAGUUUUCAGCUCAGUCUCCCCACCUGGAUGCCAGUUGGGGACCCUGCUGCACCUGUCGCAGGAAGAUAAUGGGGCUGCUCACACACACAUGGCCAGGGAAAUGGGGGACUUCUCACUCAGAUUAGCAGGCACCACUCCAGGAGCACCUGGGAGAAAUAAACCUUGCAAGUUUAUCGCAGAUAGACUCCUUGAUGAAUUUUUCUAGGAUUUUCCCUAAGAUGGAAGUUAGGCUAAUUGGCCUAUAGUUACCUGGGUCCACCCUUCUACCCUUCUUGUGGAUGGGCACAACAUUGGCCCUCUUCCAGUCCUCAGGGACUUCUCCAGAGCACCACAAGUUGUGGAAGAGUUUUGCCAGGGGUUCCACAAUGAUUUCAGACAGCUCCUUGAGCACGCUCAGAUGAAGAUCAUCCAGUCCCACUGACUUGUAUAUCUCUAAUUUUUUUAACUGCUCAUACACCAAUUCUAUGACAAUAGUAGGAAGGCGAUUAUUCCUACCAUGCUCAUCCUGUACUCUACCUGGUGUUGUUUUCCUCUUGGUCCGGUGAAAGACUGAGGCGAAAUAGUCAUCCAGGAGUUCAGCUUUCUCCUGGGUACCGGUAACCAGCUCUCCGGGUUCCAGAGGCUGUUAGCUGCAAAUGGUGGGGGCACUUCCCCUCUGAGUACAGCACGCAUGAGCUAUAAUGAGUCAUACUGCGGUGUUUCAAUGAGAAGUUAUUAAAGGAGAAAAAAAUACUUCCUUUCAACUGUGAAAAUGGGCUUAUUUAGUUGGGAGAAGAGAAGACUGAGGGGGGAUUUAAUAGCAGCCUUCCACUCCCUGCAGGGUGGUUGCAAAGAGGAUGGAGCUGGACUGAUCUCAGUGGUGGCAGAUGGCAGAACAAGGAGCAAUGGGCUCCAGAUGCAGCAAGGGAGUCUGCCCUUGCAUCUGUGAAAUGAGUUUGGAAGCCAGGGACUCCCCGACCUGCCCAGAAAGGCCAUUCAACUCCCUGCUCUGAAUGCACUGGGUCCUUGCAUGGCAAUGGUGGUGCUGGAUAGGUGAGCAGCUUGGGACAGGUAUGGACACCCCCCUCGUCCUGCAGGCACUCUCCUCCAGCCCAGUCCCAGUGUAGAGCUGUUCUACCUGCCUUGCCUCUUCCCACAGCAUCAUCACAUGCUGCCCCACUGCCUCCAACUAGGCUUAAGCAUGUUUAACACCAGCCCCAGGCUCGGGGUGCUUCCCGGCUGAGACUGUGCUCCUGUCUAUGGGGCCUUGGAGCCUGUUCUGGUGAGAGGCACAGGAUGGAGCCAGUUCCCUCUUCUGUCUGAGCUGCACCGCGUAAGUGUGUCAGACAGCCAUGAGCUCCACACACAUGGGGCAAAGCUCCAGCAGGAGCCAAAGGUGCUGGUGGAUGCUGGGUUUCUAUGGCUGAGAUGCAGGACAGAGCUGCUUGCCCAGCUGCCUUCAGGAGAGGUGUUCCUGAGAUGUACAAGGACUAAGAGGACACAGCCUCAGCAUCGGUCCUGCUUCACUACCUGGCAAGCUAUACAAAAAUCAAUGAAGCCAAGGAACCAGCAGCCACCAUUGCUUUAUGCAGAUAAACCUGCAUGGACUUCAGGCAUCUACAAAGGAGCAUUCAAUCAAGGAAGAUUGCUUUUUUUUAACAUUACCUUUCCCUCCUAAACCUUUGCACACCCCUAACUUUUCCCUGUUCUGGUGAAAGCAUUGGAUGCUCUCUUCCACCUCUCCCCAUGCAUUUGUUUCACCAAAACUUUGGCAUGGCCCCCCGAAAGAAAUCUCUCCCAGCCUCCUCACUUUUUGAGUUGUUUGUUCCCCUCUUCUCUCUGGCUCUCUCUGGCCAUUGUCUUUCAACCAGCAGCUGGUUGCCUAGGGCAUCCCCUAAGGAGGGGGAUCCCCCUCUCCUUGUGGCCAGAUCUAUUGUUAAACUUCUGGCCUUUGGCCUGGGAGGGCAGUCCUAAGGCAGUGGUCCUUCCUCAAGGUGUGAGCUGAUGUUACUCAAACCCACUGGUCAGCAUCAGUGAUGCUGAGAAAAUCCCUGAUGUUGGUUGGGUCCACGUGGUGAGGUCAAGAGGGCUAUUUAAGAGGGUCCCUCCAGGACGAAGGCAGGAUGGCAUCUUUAAGACACACACGCAGAAGCAUGGACCUCCGCAACUCGCUCAUCCUCUGGAUGCGGAAGUGAGUAACGUACUAGAAACCUAACUAGGAACUUAGUGUAACGUACCCUACCCACGUACCAAAAGGAUACCAAGCAGCUUUUGUUUGCUCAGGGUUAUUCUUUUGCUAUUUCUCUGACUUGUACCCCUCCCCAUGCCUACCCUCGCUACCCAAUAAAGUUGUCUGUUAUAGCCAGUCUUGUUGUACAUGCUUGAGAGGGUUUGGGCAGGCCUUGUUGCUCCCUUUACUCAGCUGACUAAGAGAAGCUACUUUGUAUGCUUCA